AUGACUUGACAAUUACUUUCCAAUUGCGUGGAUUUAACCCUUCAUCUAUGAAAUUUCCACGUGCUGAAACAUUUUGUGAGACAGCUAAGUUCAGUGGAACAAGAUUUUCUCUGUGGGAAACCAUCGUCUUUGAUUCUAAAUCAAGCUCCGGCCCUUUAUGCAUUACUUUUGAGAAGGUAAUGGAUGCAUUCUCUGGGGCCCGUGAAAUUUGCAUUUCUGUUCCAUUUCUACUAUAUAAUUGCACGGGUUUAUCACUUGUUGUAUCCAAUGCUGUCAAUGGGACAAAGGGGCAUUGUUGCAUUGUUCCUUCAUGUUACGAUUUGGACAAGCAAGACCUGGUCCCAAGCAGGAAGGAUGGUCUUAGCCUCCUAUCACCUAUUAUUGAUUCUGAUAUAGCUCCAUAUGACAAUAGCUUCCCAAUAUCAUCCACGAAUAGUUACCCUAUCUUGAAUUCAAAUGACAACAGAUUAUCUGAUAAUCAUUCAAAGUCAUUACAUUCAUCCACAGUUGUACAUCGGUAUUCACAUAACCAUGGUCUAUAUACUCAAAAGUCAUCUUCUUCUACUUUCAAGAAUCAGUCAGGGUCAAGUAGCCAAUCCAGUUUGAGGUCUUCUGAUUUCCUUGAAAAUGAAAGUGACGUGAUUAAUUGCUGCAUGUAUUCUCCCGAUUCAAGUUUCUCUUCUGAUAAAAUUGUAGUUAAGGUCAGUAGAUUCCUGUCUGCUUGUGUUACACAUAAUACCCCUGAGUCUUGGUCAAAUGCUUUUUCCCUUGUUCCCCCUACUGGUUCAACUUCUGUUGUUGUUCCACAACCAUCCAAAAGUUCUGGGUACGUAAUGUCUGUUAGUGCUGUUGCUGCACCAUUUUCAGGAAGGACAAAGAUUAUUACUUUUCAACCCAGAUAUGUGAUCAGUAAUGCCUGCAACAAGGACCUGUGCUACAGGCAAAAGGGAACUGAUGUUGUUUUUCUAUUGGAGGCUGGACAACAUUCCCAUAUUCGAUGGACAGAUACAACAAGGUACGAAUUUUCACCAAACAAUGAUGAUAUUAAGAUUCUCAAAGAAAAGGUGGAAACAUUUAUACAAGUAGCUAAGGAGGAUACAUCUAAGCUGAAAACUGAGCUCCGGAGCGAGAUGAAAAAGUAUCUUACUGAUCUUCGGGAGGAAGGACUUUCUCUAGAUGUCAUUGAAACCAAAUUGCUUACCAUGACGGAAGAGCUCAUGAAUCGAAUUUCACCUCGUCAUGACUACACCACCAUGGAUGAUUGUCUGAUACUCGGAAUUGGACAAGAAAAGACUAAUGGAAUGGAGGAAAGCAACAAGAGUGGAAAAGAGAACGAAGGAGAAAACGACCGGAGGAUAGAAACUUUACGGUUCAAUGAAAUUUUGACUCCCGUGUCGACUGAACAAAGAGACUAUGAAAUUGAGAGUGAAGAUGAUGAUAACAUUGAAGUCGUCUGGGAAGAUGACGAGCCAGGACUGGGUAUAAUUCUUAACCUUUCUUACAAUGUAAAACUUGGAAAUCAUAAUGACAUGCUAUUGCAGACCUUACUUCCAAUAUUUGCGAGGAUGAUAAUGAGUCUUUUUAUUCUUGUGUAA